AUGGCAGGACCAAUUGAGCUUCGCUUCAAAUUCUGCCCCAAUCACCAUCCUGGCAAUCCAUUCCGCAAGCUUCGUUCCAUCUCCGUAGACCUAAAAGGCGUUACCACCCACCGCGAUCUCACCUCUCGCCUCAACGAAGUUUUCAAAAACGAAUACACCGAGAACGGCAAGCUUUUCCGAUUCCAGCUUCAACCCGGAGACGACACCGUGAGCUUCCACGCCCCAACAAAAGACGACGAACCAUGUUCCCAAGACCUCUCCCUCGCAACUCUCCGCACCGAAUACGCUUCCCAGGGCCGCGGACUCGACAGAUCAACCGGCGACAUCGUCUUCCUCCACAUCAACUUCAAAGACAAAACCAACUCCCUCCCCAAAUCCCCCCAAAGUCCCAAGGACUACAAUCCUCUCUGGCGACCCAAGAAAAGAUCCAAUACCGGUCGUGCCCCGACACCGAAGACUUCCCCUCAAAAACGUAAAGCUGUCGCCCUGGCGCAGAAAUUCUCGAUCCUCGCCCUCCCGAAACAUAUUCUGAAAUUCCGGUUCUGUCAAUUCGAUGAAUUCGAACACGAGGACAUUUUGGAGAUUGAUGUUACGGAGUGUGAGAGUUGGGAGGAGAUUAAGAAUGCGUUUUGGCAGCAGAUGGAGGGGGACGUGACGGAUUUUUUCCCGGUGGGGGCGUCUUUGCAUUUUCAUCAUCGGGUUUGGGAUGGAUAUGUUCGGGAUCGGAGGAGGGUUUGUGCUGGUGGGGAGCGGCAACAUGUCAUGUUGGAUGGGGAGGAGGGGUUGGAUGUUGAGACUUUUAAGGUCAUGUAUUGUUGGGUUGGGGAGGGGGAGUGGCAUCGUUUUGGAACGGAUGUUAAUCGCGAGAGGUUGUUGAGUGUGCAUUUUGAUUUGCCGCGGCCGAGUCCGAGGGUUAAACAAGAGCCUGUUUCUCCCGGGAGGAGGAGGAUCGCGUCUGGGGCUGGGAGUCUGUCGCGGAGGGAAGGGCGCGCGCCUGGCAAUUCGAUUUCGCCGCAACAGAGGAGUCAGAGGUCUGGGAGUCGGGCACGCACUCCUAGCGAUCCGCCUUCUGUUGGCGGGAGUCAGAAGCGUGGAAGCGCGGGCUCAAGGCCUGGGUCGAGACGUGCAACGGCGUCUCCUUAUACUCCUAGCAAUCCAGCUUCGCCUCUGAACUCCUCCCUUGGCGGAAGUCAGAGGAGUAGGAGCCUUCCAUCAAGCUCAAGGCCGCGUUCAAGACAGGCGACAGGAUCUCCACGUCCUCCUCAUGGCUUACCGUAUGUCAGCUUGAGAGGUCAGGGAAGUGGCUCAAGACAGGGAACAGGAUCUGGUCGCUCUCCUGGCAAUUCUACGUCGCCCCAGAACUCCGUCAGCUCGAGAGGUCAGAGAGGUGGGAGCGCACCGCGGACUCCGGGCUCACGGCCAGGCUCUAGACAGGGCACUGGAUCUCCGCGUACUCCUUACGAUUCAACGCCCCCGGAUUCUUCCGGCUUGAGAGGUCAGAGGAAUGGGAGUGUUCCACGCGCUUCAGGCUCGAGAGCAAGUUCAGGAAGACGCCCGACAUCUUCCCGUGGCGCUCCCUCGCCCGGUGAGGAUCAGUUGCUGGAUCAAGAUGGUUUCUCGGACGUGGAACCUGAAGACGCAGAGCCCAAUGAGGAUGCUGUGGAAGAAGCUGAGCCGUCGCCGACUCUGGAAACUGAGCGUCCCGAGGACGAAAACACUCUGGAGGAGCUUCACAAAGAAAGCCGCAAGCGGAAGGCCUCAGAUGCCGACUUGUCGCAGCCUUCGAAGGCAGCUAAAUUCCUCGAUCUUGAUGACGGCCGUCGUUAUGUUCGCAUUGGCAAGCUCAAUGCGACACAGGAGGCUGAGGAGCCUGGCGACCCGACCGAUAGCCCCACAAUGGUAGACAUCCUCGUUGCUGUCAUUCACCCGCGUGGUGCUCGCGGCAGUGGCGAAUCAUCUGUCCAGUACUUGUCCGUGAACACCUGGAACAUCAACGGCAGCAGAAUCGGCGCCUACCAGAAUGCUUCCGAGGUCAAUUUGAGGCGAGUUACGUUACAAGUCGACCCCUUCUGGGCGCCAAAAUGGAACCCCAGAAAACCAGAGCUCCUCACCCAAGCCAUCUUAACAUGGGCUUUCACAAGAUUCCAUCAAAAGAAAACCAACGCUUCAAAUGCACCCAAAGAGGCACCGGUCCGUGUCGAACACAGCUUGCACCCGUUCGACGGCACUCUUAAUCCCGACGUUGACAAUAACGAGGACGAAGAAAUCGACGUCGUGAUCACGUUCGUCAACAACCUCGCCAAAACUCCUCUCGGCCUCCCAGAGCACAUCCUCGCUGCCCUCGACAACGCGGAAACCUGCGGCACUUUCAAAUCCUACAUCCUCGACAACGUCGUCUCUGACACUUACGGUACUCUGGACCACAUGCUCCACGCCGACGAUUCAGGUUUCAACUACUGGGGCGAUCUCAACAUCUGGGUGUUACCCCACGGAGCCGGGAAAGUCAUGUGUGAAUGGCAAGACGAUGGGAGUUUUGCCGAAGAGUUUUUGGAUGCUGUGACUGUGCAGGCUUUUGGGAAGAGGUUGUUAAUGGUGAUUUUGAACCUGCAGAUUUGUCCACAACGACAUUCAGACAUUGAGAGCAACCAGGGUGGGGUGGACCUUGACAGAACUCUUCAGCAACUGAAGUCUAAACACAUUGGUGCCGAUGAAGUAGAGGAGACAUAUCUGGUUCAUUUCGAGCAAGCUACUCAGGCUGGGACGGCUGGAAGUAAGACGACGAAAGCUCAUGACGGAAAGACUCCAGGAACAGCGGUUGAGAGGCGUAGCGAGUCGGACGGUGAUGAUAUCAUUGUGCCGGUUGUCAAGAGGAGAGUGAGCAAAAGCAGCAAAAUGAGACGUGAUUACCGGUUUAAAGUACAAGACGAAGACGAAGACGACGGGGACGAGGACGAGGACAUCGAUGGGCCUACCGAAAAUGGAGAGGAGUCACUCGGAGCCGACGAAGAGGUCGAAGAUGAAGAGGCACCAGAUAACGAAGGCAAGCCUGAUCUUACACAUUCGGACGACGAUCAUCCUCUGAUACGAAUUGGAGUCUGGGACGGGCAUGAUGAUGCCGAGCCUACUCAGGACGGCAAUAUAGCCAUGGACAUUGUCAUUGUCGCCGAGGUGAAAGCCGAAAAGGAGAUCAACUACUACGCAGUACAUUCAUGGUUCGUAAACGGCAUCUCGAUUGGUCACUUUGAGCGUAGCAAGCGUGUCACAAAUGUUGCUGAAAUGGUCAAGGGUUACACUCCAGAUCGAGCAUUCGCAGGUCUCAAGAGUCAGAAGAAGAUCAGAGAGAGACUUAUCCAGCUUCUGAACGAUACAGAUACUAGCGAAGUGUCCCUCGACGCCUACAACCAUCUCGAAGACGAAGAAAAAGACGACAACAUCCUCAUUCAACCACCUACAACUCCGCAACCCACAGAUGGAGCCUUUCCUCCUGCUUCAAAAGCAAAAGGCAAAACUACACAAACUUCCAAAAGCAAGAAAAAGAAACCGGACGACGACAUCGCCCUAGUAGUCUACUUCGCCAACAACGUCGCAAGAGAAGAUCUCCCCCUCGAUCUCAACCGACAACUCGACCUCUCGCCGGGCGAAACCUUUGAAAACUUCUCAAAGUGGCUCCUAGACGGCCAAGGCGACUACAAAGGCAUCCGCAGAGGGUUGGAAAACGAAGUGGACAAAGGAGGUUGGAAUUAUAAUGUCGAGUAUGAAGUUUUCGUGUUACCGCAACAAGGAGCGAAGAGAGAUGGGAAGAUGUGGAAUUGGAAGAAGAAUUCUGCGAGACGUGUUGGGACUUUUUUGAAUGCUGCGAUGGAAGGGGUGUAUGGACGGGAGUUGUAUGUUGAGGUGCAGCUUAAUCCGCAUCGGGAUUCGGAGAGGUUGAAUUCGGAGAGGGAGAGGAGGUUUCAGAGGGAUCCGGAGUUUGUGAGGAGGGUGAGGAAGGCUACUUGGGAUCGGAUUGAGAGGGGACGACGAGGGGGUGAGGGAGAGACUGGGACGGGGGCGAAGAAGUUGAAGGCUGGGAAGUCGCGAGAACGUCUGUCGGGUGAGAAAGAAGUCGUCGCUGGCAGGACGGGCUCCAAGGCGACUUCGAAAGGCAAGGAGAGUAAGAGGAAGGUUACUGGAAAGAAUGCCCAGGGCGAUGAGGUCUAA